CGACAAUACCUUCUACCAGGAGUUAGGUUCAGAACAAAAACGAAGAACUGUUAUACUUAAACACACAUUGUUGAAACAUUGUGUCGUUCGGAGCCUGGGAAAUUCUGAUUCACUUGGCUGAUCGUCAACACGGUUCUGUGCAAAAGAACAUUGUAUAACUACAACAAUUCUGGAAUUUCUAAAGGUUUGCGCUUGCAUGGUUAUUCAUGCUUUCGAGCUCUUUCUUCGUCAACAACACAUAACUUGUCUUGCCGAAACGCCUUACGUAUUAGACGCCGGAAUUAACAAUAAUGGUUCAUGUUGCAGCAUGAAGAGGAUGGUUGAUUGGCGUUGCAAAAGUAAAGGUCAAGAUUUGCGUACUACACGGUUUUGAAUUAUGGCACUUACAAGUGUAUUUCAUGCUUGCCAGCAGCCAGCAGCACCGGAGCAAAGGUCACUGCAGCGAAUGCAGACUGCUAACGAAUUACAACAUGAUAGCAUUUACGGCCUACCGAACUAUGUUUCGAGCAAUAUUUCCAGUGAGGUACAGUUAAGUCUUCCUAGUAACUCAUCUGACGCACAAGCCAAUGUGUUUAUCGUGGCAAAUAGCGUUACUGCAAAUCCUUCGCAAUUCCUCCCUUCGACGCCGGCACAAAGUGUGUUCUUCAAUGCGAAUGGGAUGGCAAACUUUAACAUUGCGGAUGCCUUACGUUUCAGACACCCUCCUCUCCCUACAUGGGUAUGCAGGUACCCGGGCUAUUGUAGCACACCAAGCGCCGGUACUCUGUUGGAUAUCGUAAACUUAACCAAACAACAGCGAAUACUGCGCAUGACAAACUCAACUGCAGCGACCAAUGAUGCAGAAUCAAUGCUGCAACUCUAUGGAUCAAGCAAUGUAAACAGGCCGCAUUCUGAGAAUAGUUACGAGCUUCAUUGUGCUGUAGAUGAUGGAGUCUGUCCGAAGCAAACUGACUUGAACACAGAUUGUGACAAUGAACAGUCCUUGAUCUUGGUUAUCCGGAUGCUGAUGUCUGGAAAAGAAGUCGGAAGCAUCAUCGGAAAGCGCGGAGAAAAUGUGAAGAAAUACCGGGAAGAAAGUGGGGCCAGGAUAAACAUUUCGGAUGGAUCCAGCCCGGAACGAAUUGUGACGGUGAUAGGGACCAUGGAGCAAAUAUUUGCUGCUUUCAGCUUUAUGAGUCAAAAAUUUGAAGAUGAUUUUGCACAAGGAUUACUGCCUACAGGAGAUGAAGGUCUGACAUGCCCACCGGUCACCCUUCGACUUUUGGUACCAGCUUUCCAGUGUGGCUCUAUUAUCGGGAAAGGAGGAUGCCGCAUCAAAGACGUAAGAGAAUUGACUGGCGCCUCAAUCCAGGUUGCAAGCGAAGCUCUGCCUGGUUCAACAGAGAGAACCGUCACAGUAUCAGGAACAGCGAAGGCAAUAGCUAAAUGCAUUCGACAUCUCUGUGAAAUUUUUCUAGAGUCGCCUAUUAAAGGUUCCGUGAUUCCAUACCGGCCAAAACUUGCAACUGUGAGCCAGCCAAGCUUGUGCCAAAAUUCUCCAUUGUUUUCAACUAUGAUCCAGCCGGGUGUACCAAUUCAUUUAAACGCAAAGGAACAAUCUUCGAAUGCUAUACAUUCAGCUGCAACUCCAAGUCAAUUCGCGAGAGCCUAUGGAAUCCACGCAAACUACGUACCUACGGAUGGAAACUUAGCAUUGCCGAUUGGCUUCAGUCCGACCAGUGAUAGCAAUGCAACAACCAAUGUAGUUCCCACUAGCUCCAAUGUUCCCUUUGUGACCGACCUACUGACGGAUCCAGUUCAGUUGCAACCAGCAAUGAAUUACCUGGACCUUUUACAUUCACACAUGCCAACAUUCGCAUCCAUGAGUCCAUCACAUUUAAUAGCAAACGGCCUGAGUAACCAUUUGGGAGGUGCUUCGUUUAGCAUACCUGAUUUGUCGACACUAAAUUCAGGAUUGUUCGGAUUCUAUUCUCCACACACCAUCACUAAGACAGCCGCGGGUACCAACUACUUUGUUACACCAAAGUUAACCAAGUCUACGACUGGUUUCAGUGAAGACACUGUACUGGUUUCUCACAACGGCGUAGUGAACAGCAUCGGUUUGAAAGAUUCGCAAUCUCCCAUGAACGAUCCAGCAGAUAUUUAUUCAACGAACAACCAUAUGUCAUCACUGCAUUCCAACGUAUGCUUUCAUAACUCUGGCAAUUUCGUGGAAAAAGCUACACCCCUUGCACAAAACAAAGCAUCGUUGUUAGGCCUACCAGCCGUUCCACUUCCGACGACCCCGUUCGGGUACAGUACUUUUGGAACUACACUGAAUGACGGAACCAUAAAUACACCAUCGGAGGAGUUUGUAAUAAAGGAAAUAACUAUCUCAAAUGAGCUGAUUGGCUGCAUCAUUGGUCGAGGAGGGACAACAGUGAACGAAAUUAGAAAUCUGUCAAAGGCUCAAGUCAAAAUUUCUAACUGUGAAGAUGGUACUAAAGAGAGGAAGAUUACACUUUCCGGUCCGUCACAAGCUGUGGACUUAGCACAUUUGCUUAUAAACAACAGAGUCUCCGCGGAAUUAUUCGCAGGCAUGUUUGCUUUUAUAUAUCAGUAA